UCGGAGCGAAGUUACGAACUUUAUUUUUGGUACGAACCACACUGAGUCUUCCCAUCUUCUCUUUUCAGCUCUCGAGCUUCCUUCAAAUUCAAAUCCUUUCUCCUCAGCCACGAGCCACUGUACUCGCUGUCAUGGAACCAGCGCUCGUUAACCUCACCGCCGCUACCGUCGCUUUCUCCCUCCUCUUUCUUCUCUCCCAAUCGAAUCCUCCCACUUCACCACCACCACCACCACCACCACCACCACCACUUCUCCUCCCUUCUCCUCACCGCGGCGCCCGUCCUUCCAUGAUCCUCCCCCUAUUUCCUUCUCCCAAGAAUCCCUCUAGCUCAUUUCAGAACACUCGUCGCCACCUCUUGAGAUCCGACUCUAAGUCUUCCAAUCCAAACGCUCGCAUGCGACUCUACGAUGAUCUCCUCCUCAACGGGUAUUACACUACUCGGCUAUGGAUCGGGACACCUCCGCAGAGAUUUGCGCUUAUAGUGGAUACUGGAAGUACUGUUACUUACGUUCCUUGUGCUACGUGCGAACAAUGUGGUAGACACCAGGAUCCAAAGUUCCAGCCCGAGUCGUCCAGUACUUACCAAUCUGUAAAGUGCAAUUCGGAUUGCAAUUGUGACAAGAGCAGGGUGCAAUGCAUAUACGAGAGACAGUAUGCUGAAAUGAGUAGCAGUAGAGGUGUCCUUGGGGAGGAUAUCUUGUCGUUUGGGAAUCAAAGUGAACUUGUGCCCCAGCGUGCUGUUUUUGGUUGUGAAAAUGAGGAAACCGGUGACCUUUACAGUCAACGUGCUGAUGGCAUUAUGGGAUUGGGCCGUGGCGAUCUCAGUGUAGUUGAUCAACUUGUUGAAAAAGGUGUGAUUAGUGAUUCGUUCUCAUUAUGUUAUGGUGGGAUGGAUAUUGGCGGGGGUGCUAUGGUUCUUGGUGGUAUAUCUGCCCCGUCGGACAUGUUCUUUACUCAUUCAGAUCCUGUACGUAGUCCAUAUUACAACAUUGAUUUGAAAGAGAUACAUGUUGCCGGGAAGCAGCUACCUUUGGACCCUAGCAUCUUUGAUGAAAAACACGGAACUGUUUUGGAUAGUGGUACAACAUAUGCAUAUCUACCGGAAGCAGCAUUUGUGGCAUUCAAGAAUGCUAUUAUAAAGGAACUUGAUAGCUUAAAGCAGAUCCGCGGCCCUGAUCCAAAUUACAUUGAUAUAUGCUUUUCCAGCGGUAGCAGUAAUGUCAAUGUGUCAGAGCUCUCAAAAAUAUUUCCAACGGUUGAAUUGGUAUUUGGCAAUCAGAAAAAGUUAUUGCUAUCACCUGAGAAUUAUUUAUUUCGGCAUUCAAAGGUUCGUGGCUCAUAUUGCCUUGGGAUCUUCCAAAAUGAAAAGGACCUGACUACCCUUCUGGGAGGAAUCAUUGUUCGUAAUACUCUUGUUACAUACGACCGUGAGCAUUCAAAGAUUGGAUUUUGGAAGACUAAUUGUUCUGAGAUAUCGGAAAGGCUUCACAGAACCGGUGGAUCUUCUUCUUCUAGUGGGAAGGAUAAUUCAACUGUAGAAUCGCCAACUACAUCAGCUGCUGGUGGAUCAUCACGCUAUGCUCUUCCAGGGGAAAUUCAAAUUGGUGAAAUUAGAUUGGAUAUGUCACUGAGCAUCAACAAUUCAUAUCUAAAGCCUCGCAUCAACGAACUUACUGACUUCAUUGCUAUAGAGCUAGAAAUUAAUGCUUCACAGGUUCGUUUAUUGAAUUUUACAUCAGAAGGAAACAGUUCUCUCGUCAGAUGGGCCAUAGUCCCUUCAGAAUCAUCAACCUACAUUUCUAAUGUUACUGCAAUCAGUAUAAUUUCCCUGCUUGCUGAACAUCGUGUGAAGUUUCCUGUUACCUUUGGAAAUUAUAAGUUGGUGCAAUGGAAAGUUAAGCCAAAUUCUCAACAACCAUGGCGGCAGAAACAUUAUUCAACGGUUAUUUUAUCUAUUAUCAUCGUAAUAAUUGUCGGAUUAUCAGCUUCUGCAGCAUGGGUUAUCUGGAGACACAGACAACGAAAUAUCAAUUCAUAUAAACCUGUUCAUGUAGCUGUUCCAGAGCAAGAACUCCAGCCACUAGAGUCUUGAAAACCCAUUUUUGCUUGGUUUUUAUUCUGAAAUAAGAUUUUUUUUUUUCAGACAGGUUUAAGCUCUGGGUUCUGCAGCAGCAUCAUUCAUUGGUCUGAAGUUUUGUUCGAUUACAGGGAAGUUCUGCAUUGAAAAGUUCGCAUGUUAAUAAUAUUCUAACAUGCAAAGUGAACAAAAAAAAAAAAAAAACUCCCCAUUCAGUAAUUAUAGUCUUGGUUAUAGUUAAAAAUGAAAUUUGGGUACUUUUUAAGUUAAAAGUUUUAGCCAAUUUUGCUUUAAAUUCAUAUAUAUUUUUCUGAAUAUUGUUUAUUAUUUAUAAACUUAUAGUUGUUAAAUGCAUUGUUAUAAGCGGUUUAGUGUUAUAUCAUGUUCAAAUGAAAUUUGUCUUUGAAUA